CUUGUCAUUGUAAUUACAUUGUACAAGAAGUCAUAUUUGCUUUCCCUCAGCAACAAGUUUGUAUUUAGCCUGACGUUAUCCAAUCUGCUGCUGUCUAUGCUGGUGCUUCCUUUUGUUGUUGUCAGCUCAAUUCUGAGAGAAUGGAUAUUUGGAGUGGUGUGGUGCAAUUUCUCUGCCCUUCUUUAUAUGUUGAUCAGCUCUGCCAGUAUGCUUACUUUGGGCAUCAUAGCAAUAGACAGGUAUUAUGCUGUCCUUUACCCAAUGGUAUAUCCUAUGAAGAUCACAGGGAAUCGUGCAGUUCUGGCAAUAGCAUAUGUUUGGCUCCAUUCUCUCAUAGGAUGUCUUCCACCCCUCUUUGGAUGGUCCUCACUAGAGUUUGAUAACUUCAAGUGGAUGUGUGUUGCUGCAUGGCACAAAGAGGCUGGCUAUACUGCCUUUUGGCAGAUUUGGUGUGCUUUGCUGCCUUUUAUCACUAUGAUGAUUUGC